UGGGACAGGAAACAUUGCUUGAGUGGAGGCAAGAAUGGAUUCCAUUAAAUACCAGCAAAUUCUGGAGGCAAAUAUCACAGGAUCUGUAAAAAGCUGAAGCUGAAAAGAGGAUGGUUUCUACAGCAGGAUAAUGAUCCUAAACAUACCUCUAAAUCCAUCAUGGACUACCUCAAGAAAUGCAAGCUGAAGGUUUUGGAAUGGCCUUCACAGUCUCCAGACUUAAACAUCACUGAAAAUCUGUGGGUUGUUCUUAAAGGAGCUGUGCAUGCAAGACGACCCAAGAAUAUUGCAGAACUGGAAGCCUUUUGCAAGGAAGAAUGAGGGAAAAUCCCAAAGGAUAGAAUCCAGAGACUUGUAGUUGGCUAUAAAAAGCAUUUACAAGCUGUGAUAUCUGCCAAGUACUGAAGGUACUGAUGCUGAAGGGUGCCCUGACAUUUGCACAUGCCAAAAAGAUGAUUUUUAUUUUUGUAAUCUUGUACUUUUUAUAAAAUAAAAAGUAACUGUGCAUUAAUGAUUUCUGAUAAUAUUGUCUUUUUUUCUAUUUACCAGAGAGACUAUAAAUAUCAAGGUUAAUUUUUUAAUAAAUGAACUAUGCUUUUUUUAAAGGGGUGCCCUGACUUUCACUUACAACUGUAGGUUGAAAUGUAUUUGAGAAUUAGGCCAUCCACGCAAAAUAAUUGCUAUGUUGUUGGUUGUUAAAAUUUGGAUGAAAGAUAUUUUUAUUUUUUCAUUUUUAUUUUUCAGUUUUCCGCCUGAGGGAUUGCCACGUUAUUGUGGUCAGGGGGUUUGCGUGCCUCAAUGAUCCUAAGAGCUAUACCCGCAGGAGCUUUACUAGCUAAACCCACAGGAUCUGGAACGGCUCCCCUACGCUCUGGACCGGCAGACGGAUCAGAUCCGCAAGCCUACAGCACCCACCAGAUCCGAUCCGCCACCACCGUCAGAGGAGAAAGCGCUCGCGAGAUUCACGAGUUCUCGCGUGUUUCCCCGGGAGUCAUAGAAUGAGAUCCGCUGACUGGUGUAUAUAAACGGCGGUGUAAAUAAAAACCCACAUCCCACAACCCCAGCCUCUCCUAUUAUCAAGUUAACAACAGUUCAAUGUAUUGACUUUAUUUUAUUUUGAAAAUUAACCAAGUAUUUUACGCUGUAACAGCAUACAACGUCCACUGCUGCUCGUGCUGCGCUGCACUGAAUUGAUGUGCCAUGCUCCGGCAUCAGGCAAAAAUAGUCUUGCCGAUCUGAUCCGGCCACCGGAGCCAAUCCGAAGUGGAGCUGGACACUGGACAGAUUCUGGAAUGACUCACAUUGAUUAUAAUGCUUGCAGAUUUGAUCCGCCAGUUGUGCCGGAGUGGAGCCGUUCCGGACCCUGUGGGUUUUGCCCGUUAAUCUUCAGGUGGGACACCCAAGUUGGACUGUUCUUAUGGUAGAGGCCUGACAGAGUGCAAUCCCUGUUGAGAGCUGGACACACAACUAAUAACCCAUGCAGUGAAGAAAACACGAACAGUGUUAAAAAUCUGUUAAAAAAAAAAAAAAAUGGCCCUCCUCACAUUUCUGACUGCCCCCCUCAUUUGUGCAUUCCUAGAACCGGCCCUGGUUGUAUUUGAUGAAAUGUAAACCGUUUAAUAACCAAACUUCUAAGAUUUAAAUAUAUAAAGUCAACAUUCAAAUGAUGUAAAAAUGUUAAAGAAGUUUUUUAGGCUCCUGUUUUGUCCUGUUUAUUGUUUAUUUCGCAGCGUGAAUCCUGUCAAGCGCUGCUGAGGGAAACAAAAUCCGGUAUACCCUCCUUCGUGGUGCAUUCUGGGUAUUUAUGUAAAACCAACAUGGCGGCCGCCUGCGCUAGAUCGCUGUGUAAGGUCGGCCGAACCAUCUCUGAGUCUCCAGCCGCCCGUCGGACCGGUACCAUGUCCUACCUGCUGGGAAGUACGGGCGCAUGCGGGUCCAGGAGGGCGUACGGUACCGGUGGGUCCGGGUUCCGUUCCGUUUUGCUCUCCUCUGUGCGGGGAGCAGCAACCGGACGGGGAGGCAGGGUGCUGAGUUGCGCGUUCCUGCUCGGUGGAGGUCUAGGUCUGUACCAGACUGUGAAGUAUAGCGUCCAGCAGCAUCUGGCCGAGGAGGAGCGAAAGGUGAGUGUCCGGUCUGAGGGUUCCGGGACACAGAGGCAGACACAGGUGAAAAGGGCCGUUUCCACUCACUGCGGUUACCUAACGGUGUCACCUGGAGAACCAAUGGAGUCACCUGAAGACCCUGUUCAUUCACUACCCUACUAAACCCAAUUCCAUUGAAGUUGGGAAAUUGUGAUAAACGUAAAUAAAAACAGACUAUAAUGAUUUGCAAAUCCUUUUCAACCUAUAUUCAAUUAAAUACACUACAAAGACAAGAUAUUUAAUGUUAAAACUCAAACUUUUUUUUCUCUUUUUUUUUUUUUUACAAAUAAUAAUUAACUCAGAAAUUCAUGGCUGCAACAUGUGCCAAAGAAGUUGGGAAAGGUGGCAAUGAAUACUGAGAAAUUUGAAGAAUGCUCAUCAAACACCUAUUUGGAACAUCUCACAAGUGAGCAGGCUGAUUGGGAACAGGUGUGUGCCAUGAUUGGGUAUAAAAGCAGCUUCCCCAAAAAUUCUCAGUCAUUCACAAAUAAGGAUGGGGCGAGGUUCACCACUUUGUGAACAACUGCGUGAGCAAAUAGUUGAACAGUUUAAGAACAACGUUUCUCAAAGUACAAUUGCAAGGAAUUUAGGGAUUUCAACAUCUUCGGUCCAUAAUAUCAUCAAAAGGUUCAGGGAAUCUGGAGAAAUCUCUGCACGUAAGCGGUACGGCCGGAAACCAACAUUGAAUGCCUAUGACCUUCAAUCCCUCAGGCAGCAGUGUGUCAAAAACUGACAUCAAUGUGUGAAGGAUAUCACCACAUGGGCUUAGGAACACUUCAGAAAAACACUGUCACUCAUACAGUUUGUCGCUUUAUCUGUAAGUGCAAGUUAAAACUCUGCUAUGCAACGCGAAAGUCAUUUAUCAACAACAUCCAGAAACGCUGCCUGCCUCUCUGAGAUGGACUGAUGCAACGUGGAAAAGUGUUCUGUGGUCUGACGAGUCCACAUUUCAAAUUGUUUUUGGAAAUAGUGGACUUUGUGUCCUCUGGGCCAAAGAGGAAAAGAACCAUCCACUGUUAUCGACGCAAAGUUCAAAAGCCAGCAUCUGUGAUGGUAUGGGGUGCAUUAGUGCCCAAGGCAUAGGUAACUAACUCUGUGAAGGCAAAAUUAAUGCUGAAAGGUACAUACAGGUUUUGGAGCAUCAUAUGCUGCCAUCCAAGCAGCAUCUUUUUCAUGGAUGCCCCUGCUUAUUUCAGCAAGACAAUGCCAAGCCACAUUCUGCACAUAUUACAACAGUGUGGCUUCGUAGUAAAAGAGUGCAGGUACUCGACUGGCCUGCCUGCAGUCCAGACCUGUCUCCCAUUGAAAAUGUGUGGAGCAUUAUGAAGCGUAAAAUACGACAACGGAGACCCCGGACUGUUGUACAACUGAAGCUGUACAUCAAGCAAGAAUGGGAAAGAAUUCCACCCUUAAAGCUUCAACAAUCAGUCUCUUCAGUUCCCAAAUGUUUAUUGAGUGUUGUUAGAAGGAAAGGUGAUGUAACACAGUGGUAAACAUGCCCCUGUCCCAACUUCUUUGUCACGUGUUGCAGCCAUGAAAUUCUGAGUUAAUUAUUAUUUGAAAAAAAAAAAAAAUCAGUUUAUGAGUUUGAACAUUAAAUAUCUAGUCUUUGUAGUGUGUUAAAUUGAAUAUAGGUUGAAAAGGAUUUGCAAAUAAUUGUAUUGUUUUUAUUUAUGUUUUUCACAAUUUCCCAACUUCAAUGGAAUCAGAGGUAACUGUGCUCCUCUUUUGAACCAGGUACUCUACAUUUGAUCUCAAAACUGAACCGUGUUGGAUUAUUGAGGGUCAAUUUGUGAAUCAUGAUAAAAAUAAAGUUUACUAUCACAUCUAGGUGCAUCAUUAAAUAUUAAGCAGAUAAAUGCAUUAAUAAUAAUUCAGUAAUAUAAUUAAUUAAUUUAACCAGGAAAACGUCAAUGAGAGUGAAGAUCUCUUUCCUGGCAAAAAAAAAAAAAACAGCAGCAGCCGCCUACAAAGUUACAGACACACAGUUACAUAAUUCAAAUGCUAUCAUCCUCCAUCAUUUGAAAAUAAUCCAUCAAAGCAUCUACAGCCUGAUGUGUCCUCUUCCAAUCUGCCUUUAACAUCAUCUAUAGAGACCAACUCCAUCAGACCCUCCAACAAAUCAUGUGUUAGUCAGCCUUUCUUUACUGAUCUGUUAUAGUGGCUUUGGUUUCCCUGUUGUCUCCUUUCAGAGCUCAAGUGGAGGUCUGAAGCUGACUCUGUAUCAGUAUAAGACCUGUCCAUUCUGUAGCAAAGUCAGAGCCUUUUUGGACUACCACGGGCUGCCAUACGAGGUCGUGGAGGUGAACCCAGUGAUGAGGCAGGAGAUCAAGUGGUCAGCGUACAGAAAAGUUCCCAUCCUAAUGGUGGAUGGAGAAGUGGUGAGACGCUCCAACCUUAGCUCCAUAAGAUCUGUGGUGUAGUAAAAACAUACAUGUCAUUGUAUGGAACCACCAGUUUGAACAUUUUUUAACUCCGAUGAGUCUCUCUCUCUCUUUCUCUCUCUCCUUCUCUCUCAAUUCUCACAUCUCUCUGUCUCUAUCUCUCCCUGUUAAGAUUUACAAAUCUGCUAAAUGUGUUUGUUUCUUCAUUUUCUUCGAGAUAACUUUCAAUAACCCCUUACUGUCUUUUUUUCUGUUUCAGCAACUUAACGACUCAUCUGUCAUUAUCAGCUCUCUGAAGACGUAUCUAAUCAGCAAGUGAGUUAAACUUCUCUCAUGUGGUAUAAAAUGUAUAUAUAUAUAUUUUUUUUUUGUUUGAAAGAAACAAUGAAAAAAGGUCUGUAUGAAUCAGUAAUAAUAUCUAAAUAUUUUUUAAAACAUCAGCAAACUCUAAUAUUGUGAAUUGCCUUUAAAAUAUCUGAACGAACUUGAACUUAUUCAAUACUUUUUGGUUACCACUCUGAAAUAAUUUUGGUUAUUGUGUAACAGGCUCAAAAGUUAACACUAAAACAUCACAAAUGUUGAUUUAACCUUUGACUGAUAUUCAGAAAGUGGAUCUCAGUCUACUCUUAAAGCUAAGGUAAUACAAAGAGCAGGAUCCAGCAAAAAUCAGAUUUUUAAAUUGAGCUUUUUAUUUAUGUUUAUAUCGUUUAUCUGACAGGGGUGAUGUAAAUUACACAGUACAACGUUUGCAUGUUACAAACAAGCUAUAGUGAAUGAUAUUUGGCAUACAAACUCCAGCUUUAGAUGGUCUCCAGCUCCUGCCCACAGCACUGCUUAAGGUUAAUGAAAAGGAUAAAAAUAAUGAAUGCUUUAAAAUAACCAGCUGGAUUACCAAUAGUAAGAGAAAUCAGUUUGGAAUAAAAGACAGUGAACAGGCACCCUGUCUGUCCUGAUAAUUCCCCAGUUGGUCUCUCUGACCCAGAAAGGUAACAAAAGAUCAAGAAAAGAAAAUCAACUGUGAAUGUUGAAAUUUUGUUGCACUGUCUCUUUAAAUGUGAGGUUUUGUCUCACAGGGAGAAAAGCGUACCAGACAUCCUCCGCUGUUAUCCAGAGCUCAAAUCUAAGAAUGACAGCGGGAAGGAGGUGACCGAGUACUUCAACAAGUAUUGGGUGAUGCUGAGCGAGGCUGAGAUCACCACGCUCUACCCCGAAAAGGGGAUGCAGAAGUGAGUGGCUGCUGGCACUCAAAGCACCCUCACCUUCAGUCUGACUUUGUUGAAGAGUAAUCUUCUCUGUCAGGGUGAUGUCAGUGUUUCUUUGUAUGCUCUUAGGGAGGAGAUGAAGUGGCGUCAGUGGGCUGAUGAUUGGCUUGUCCAUCUUGUAUCUCCCAACGUUUACCGAACCACUGGCGAGGCCCUUGCCUCUUUCGACUACAUCGUUCGUGAGGGAAAGUUUGGCACUUAUGAAGGUUUCUUUGCCAAAUACGUGGGAGCUGCAGCCAUGUUCAUCAUCUCCAAGAGGCUGAAGAGUCGGUGAGUUUCACAGGAGGAUUUUCAGCUUGAGAGGAGCCGUGUGCUCUGUUCUGUGAGGAAAUGUUUCUUCAAGAUCAGAAGUCUUCCUGUGAUGAUUAAUUUUUAUGACCUUUGUUUGAAAACAGACACAACCUUCAGGAUGAUGUUAGGCAGGAUCUGUACAAAGCUGUAAACGACUGGGUGGCAGCCAUCGGCAAGAAGAGGAAGUUCAUGGGUGGAGACAAACCCAACCUGGCAGACCUGGUAAAGACACUGCACUAUAUUCAUUCACUGUUUUACUGUAGCCUCAGUUAUCCUCAAGGAGAAAAGACAUAUAAAACACAACAUGAGUAACUCUUAAAACUUAGAACUUUAUUGAUGGUAACUAUGAAUGGUAAUGAGUUCAAAAGAUAUACAACCCAAUCUGGCAUACUUCAGGGAUCCAUGUUUGGGCUGUUACUGUUUCUUAUUAACAUAAACUACACUGCUUCAGUGAUAAAUAUUUCAAUUCUGUUGCUUUUUGCAGACGCUAGGUUAAAAAAAACACCUUGCACGCUGCAGGACUCCAAAUUUUGCAGAUGACAGCAGAUUUUUUAUCUUUAACUGGACUCUGCAACUCUCUCAGGGCUGGGCGAUAUGAGAAAAAGUUUAUUUUUUUCAUAUCAGUCGAUGUCAAUAUAUAUCGCAAUAUAAAAAAUGACAUUUAACAGUGCUUAUUGGUGGCAUGCCUUUUACAAUACAAUAAGCUACUGCAUCUGUGAGGUCUGUGUGUCUCUUUGACGUUUUGUCGUAAGGCGUUGCGUUUGAGACAUGGCAGAAUGCCUGUUAGAAAGCCCAUGUUGUUUAGGUGUUUUCAAGUAAAUACCGUUGUUAUAGUGUUAUAUAAUAUAUAGUGAGUUUUCAUUUGUCCUACGCUUUGAACGCACCAUAGGCGUUCCGAUGUGCUUGAACGCACCACAUCUGUGUGUGAGAUGCCGCAGCUUUGAAAGUUUAGUUUUCCUCCUCGUGCAGCAGAGGAUAGUUAGUAAAUUUCCUCUUACCCGUUUUUACCCAAUAGUCACCGUCACAUCCUGGGUUUAUUGUGUGUAAAUGCCAGAGGUGAGUUUCACUGACCAAGUUGGAUGCCAUAUUGUUGAAUGUAUUGUUUACCGUUAAUAUGGCUAAUGCUAUCUCAUGCUGGUGAGCUGUACUGAUUGUUGCUUUGUAUCUUUAUCAGCAGAACCACAAUCAAAUAAAUCCACCACUAAACUGGACAUCUGUAUCUGUGUAUUUUAACGUGGACACACGCCAUACACUUAGCUGCUCUAAGCCCAGCAAAAUCCUGGAGAACGCCCUUUUCUCGUUUUUAACAGAGGUGGGAAUUGUGAAGUCAGCAAGUCAUCUCCAUGCCAUGUAUUUGUUCUGCUCUGUCACUGAACCAGCUGCUUCCAAUGAGCAGCCAGGAAGGUGAGCUCAUUAGUAAAGGCACCUGGUUCAGUAACUGAGCAGAACAAAUACCUGGCAUGGAGAUGACUUGCUGACUUCACAAUUCUCACCUCUACUUUUUAAUGCUGAUUAUUAAAAAAGCAUAUCAACCAUGUUUUAUAUUGAUAUCAAGGAAAAUUAAUUUUCGAUAUAUAUCGUUAUAGUUUUAUCGUCCAGCACUUAACUCUCUCAUCACAAACUUAAAUCAAGAUCUUGCUAGUUUCUUUACAUGAUUUCAAUCGUCAUCUCCAAAUAUCAAAAAGUCAAAUUUUAUUCUUUGCAGGGAAAAGAAAAUGAACUAGUCAGGAAAUUAUUUUGUAUUAAUUCCAUAUUGGUAAUGUCAACAUGUGUUUUGUGUAUCUAGACUGAGCGUAAACCCUGAGAACAGGGUUGAUUUGCCUGCAAAAAGGUCCCUGUGAACUACUUUUGUUUAACGUCAAUAAAGUUUAAUUAAUCCUUUUUUAUCAUUCUGUAAUGUUGUUUGGGCAAGUACCUUUCCAACUUACCUCCAUAAAACACACCACCUUCAGACUCAUUUUGUUAGAUCAGCUACUUUUUCCUGAUCUGAUGACCUCUUUUUCAGUUUUAUUACUGCAGAAGUUGAAUGAACAAAAAUAAAGAUCAAACGUGUUCUGAGGCUUUAACAACUGAAUUUGUCUUUUGUCUUGCUGUCAUUUACAUCAGGGUAUUGUGUCUCUGUUGUAAAGUGAACCAUCAGAGGGUUUUAAAGGUGACCCUUUUUGUUUUUUCAGGCGGUGUUUGGCGUCCUCAGAGUAAUGGAGGGCCUGCAGGCAUUUGACGACAUGAUGGAGAAUACCAAAGUCAAAUACUGGUACAGACGCAUGGAAAGAGCUACGGCCAAUCACGAAGGACAAAACUGAGGCUGGACUGAGAUGAACAGGUGAAGGAGACCACCGACAGAGACUGGCAGCGAUCAGGACCAGCGUCAGGAAGAAAGGAAUUUUGAAAAUACUCUGAGAAAUUUGGUCAUGUUUCAUUUCCUGCAGAGGAAAGGAGGUCAGACUCAGAGUUUCACUCUUUAAUUUACACAUUUAAUGACCAAACUGCCCCAAAAGGUUCCCAUUAAAUCUGCCUUUCGUGUUUUGACAUGUUUACUGACCUCUAGUGGUGAACAGAGGGAUCUGCAGCAUUUAUUUCCUCUUCAGUAUGGCUACAAUUUCACUGUGCAAACCCAAUAAAUGAGGUUAUCCUUCAUGCUUUUUCAAUCCCACAAAAUUUCUGCAAAUAUUUGUUAGAUUUCUUCAUAGGAAGUUACUCAAACAGAUUGUGCAGAUCUGGAGUCUUUAAAUGUUUUUUUUUUUUUCUUUUAACCUUUGUCCAGUCUUCAAAUGUGUCACAGAAGUCACAUACAACACUGUGUACAUCAAGAUAAUCUUGAGUUCCCCAUUCAUGGAAUUCGGCCAAACAAAAAAAGACAGAUCUGGGUCUUUUUUGUCUAAUUUGGCUCCAGAUAUUUUCCAAAAAUGAAGUUUUAGCUCCACACUUUUCAUAUUUUCGGAUUUUGCUGCAAUUGAUUUAAAAUUCGGCUGAUGGCUGAUGUGCAAUUCAAUAAAUCCCAAAUUGAGACCCACUCUGUUUCAACGGUUCAUUACUUCACCUCCCCAUUUGAUGAUUUGUAAGCUGAUGCAUUCAUAUUUUUGAAGCCUUGUCCCUUGAUUUUCUUCUCAAUUCAGUAUUUGUGAACGCUCACCUGCUCCAGGUGCUGUGAAAGCAGGUUUCCUUAUUUAUUUUAGAGUGAUUUUUCUUUGUAUCUAAUGCAGGAUCGGUCUGGCUCCCAUCGGUGUUCUCUUUGCGGAUGAAUUAAAUAAGAAUAGAAUACUGUAAACUGGUGAGCUGCCAGUUUGAAUGUUCCUAAUAUGCAAACUGCAGAUUGACUUCUGAUUUAAAUGUAUUCAAACCAACUUAAUGUGCAUAGUUGUAAAAAGGUAAAAUAAAAAAAUCUGACGUGGUUUUUUGUUCCAGAUUUAUGUCUCACUAUUUCUGCACUGCUCCAAAUAACAACAGGAACACUGACGGUACACAUCCUAGAUCUGGAUUCAUUAAAUCCUGUUAAAAAUUUCUAUUAAUUACUUCCUGUGAUUUGUUGAGGUCAAAAUAAUGCAAGAAUGAUCAAUGGAAACCAAAAUCCUUAACCCAUUGGGGACUUGAUUCAGAAUCAGACUCCAAACCAAACUGGAAAUUGAGCUCACAGGCUGAUCCAACUUCUGUGACUCUCAUCAAGAUCUCUCAUGAUGGGGUUCAGAAGUGUGUAUGGCCUCUGUACCGAGAAGCACAGCAAACUUGAUGGCUGCAGAUACCUCCUUAUGCUACUGUGAGUGAACAAGGGCACUGAAAAAAGCUAAACUAGCCAAGAAUCAUCCUGAAAGGAUGAGGAGAGGGAGGUGGUCUGAUACCUCCACCUGUAAAUCCACUCCUUAAUCAGGGCUCUGUAGUUAACUGCCUAUCCUAUAGUAGUCUGUUCCAUUAAUACAACAGCAGGUGAAAGUGAUUCAUGGUCAUAAUAACUGUCUAACUGGAGAGGUCCAUAUACCUUAAGACUGACCUGGAAUUACAUUGUGAUGAUGAUUGUGUAUUCCCUUUUUUCCAGACUUUUCCUUUUUAAUCAGAAUAUUGCUGUAACCUAAAAUGUAACCUUUGUUUAACAUAAACAUUAAACUUACUCAAAAUCA